AUGUCCAUUGCGGUGGCAAAUUUGAAACGCUUGCACCCAGACGACGACAAAGCUGGUCUUCGCCUGUUGAGCCCCAUUCUGCGAUCAAAAAAGAAGUUCCCGUACAGCGGUGACAACGUGGCUACGCAGAAUAAACCAAAGAUUAGUGGUACCCCUGGUGAAUUCAUUGACUUGGACGACAGCGACGAUGACUCGAAACCGAGUAACGCCUCCCCAGCACUGCCUGGCAGCCAGCAAGCAUUUCUGUGGCUUUCAAAAAAGCGCGAUCAAGCACAGCCAGAUUCCCCUACUACUGCAACUAUCAGUGGAUCACAGAACAUCAGUAGAACAGGAAAAAAACUUCGCCUUUUGAAAUCAACGCUAGAGAAGGGACUGCGCGCUAAAAGACUCGAAGGUCUUAAGAAAAGAUAUGAAUUGUGGAAAAUGGAACAGGAGAAUUUCGACGACGAGCACAAGGACGAAAAUGUGGAGGAGUCAGAAGAUGGUAGUGACACGGAAAGUGAAGAUGACGAGGAUGCUGGCGCAAGAAAAACUAGUGCCGUUGAAGAACAGAUUUCAAGAGAAACUGAGUCUGCUUCUGAAGCACAGAUAACUGGCGAAAAAGUUGAGGUUUCCAUCGAGAACGAGGACCAUACGUCAAAUCCGCUUCCGCAGGCAGGGUCUGAAGAGAUAAGUUUGGGACUAAUACACAGUGAACAGAGUUUGGCGGAUUUGUCCAGAGAAAUAACGUUUAAGCUGGUUGAUGGCAGUGGUGUGCUUGGCAGCGAAGCGGAAUCAUCGAACUCUGACGAAAACCUGGCAAGUGCAUUGCCUGUUAGAGAUUAUGUUGUUAAAGAGUCAACUGUCCAACAGCCAAGCAAACACACGAUCAUCAAAAAGGACAUUUUGAAGUUUGAUCCUUUUGUCGAUGAAGAAACACGAUCUGGUCUGGGAGACGAUGCUCCUGCACAUAGAGAAUCAUGCGGUGGCGAUGUAUCAAGCAGGCAGUCUGAAACUGAAGUGAUUACCGAUUCGAAUCAUGACUCAAAUACUACAAGUUUCAUACUUCCUCCGAAUCAGCUUAGGGAAGACAUUAAAAAUGACGGCUUAACAAGGGAUUCAAAAGUCAGUUAUGGAACGCGUGACAACAGUCAAGAUCUGUUUUCAGAUUCUUUUUUGUCGAACGAUGGUGAUCGAAGUCCGGCCAUUAAGCCUACGUUUCAUUUAUCUCCUAUGACUACUCCAGCGCUUCACACGGAGCAAGAAAACGUUAAUGACGUGUCCCGAUUGUCUUCCACGACUGGCUGUACUGAACCAUGCAGCCUGUUGAAUGAUUUAAAUAUGGCUCGAAAGCAUAUUGUGUUCGACAACAGUAAUCUGGACUCGCAGAGUUUGGAGUCGUUGUGUUCAGGGCCAUUUGUAAACGUCAAUCACAGUCCAGCUUCCUCUGACCGUCUUUGUACAGCUCCCACUGGCGGUGUCGCUCUCGUAGAGCCGUUUCUUGCGUGCUAUAAUGGCAUCGCGCUCCGUUUAGAACGGCUAGCGACUCCGUUACUGAUUGGUAUCUUCGACGUUCUUGGAAUGCGGCUGUUGUGCCCCUACACCCUCGACUGCCAGAACGCGAUUUUAAGUUUCGACGAAGAAUCUGAAGUUCAAGAUACGGGCUUCAAAAAGAGACGGCCAACAAGACUUUUCGUCUCUGAUGAUGAAGACAAUGAAGAUGAUACUGCAGGUUUAACCAACAGUGUUCAUGAAAGUGCAUUGUCGAUGGAAGCGAAUAAGCAAUCAGAGAUAGGGGAAGACAGUAACGGUUCUGAAUUACCGGUCGAAGAGGAUGUAUCAGAGAAUGAAGAAUAUGAGCGAAGCAGUGAUGAUGAAACAUCAGUGGUGGCGAAUAUUCAAAAAAAUGCACGGACAUUCACCGACGAUGCGGGGAAGAUCAAAAACGAAUUUUUUGAAUUGGAAGCGGAGCUGUCUGGCAGCGACGACGAGGGAGAAGAGGACGAAGAACCUGAUUCUGAAGAUGAUCAGCUUGAAGAGGAGGAAGGUGACGACGAUAAUCUGCCAUCGGAUGAUGAACUGCGGCAUCAAGUCGGCAUGAUACACUUUAAGCAAAUGUUAGACGAAGAUAAGCGAGUACUUCGUCGCUACAAAGAAGCGUACCUCAUGGAUGGAGAAUUGUUCGACGAGUCAGCUCCUCGCAGAUUUCGAUGGAAGAAAACCGGUGAUGAUCUUUUUAUUAGCUCCUCGUCCUUCGGUUACCGACCGCUGCCAGAGGCGGAUCCCAAGGGCGCGCAGGAAGAUGCGGAUUUGGAGUUGAACACCACUGUUGAGGAAGAGGUACCGGACGGGGAUGACUUGGCAUUGGAAGAAUGGAGUCGUUCCCAGAGGGACAGGGCUUCAUGGCUAUAUUCAAGAGAUUCUCAGAAUGCGGAUGUGUCAAUGGUGGAAGAAGAAAGCGAGGUUAUCCAAUGGGGGUCGUUGACUGUUAACUCAAUAGAAACUUUCGACCUUACCGAAUCCAACAGCCAAGCACCUGAAAAGACGAAGCGAAAAGUGGAAGAAGAGGAGCAGGACAUUUUCUCCCAUAAAAAAAUGGGCAAAGCUCGAAGAGAAUCUUUAUUGUUUCGUAGUCAAACGACAUUGGAGAAGGUUUAUAAAUGCUCCGGUGACAGCAACAGUGGCUUUGCGGACUUAUCUAGAGGUCUGUACCACCCUGUUUCUCCACAGAAGGCUUCAGCAGCCAGUAACCAGGGCGGAAGCAAGCAGGUGAGUGUUUUCAUCGUAUAAAU